UGAGAGGAGUUGAAAUAGGGCAGAGCAGGAGUGGAGCGCGGAGAGGAAACCAGCCGGACCCAGCCGUAGGAUGGCAAACCACCACUGCUGCUGAUGCUGCUGCUGAGAGUUGGGACUCGCUACUACCUAUAACUACUGAUACACCAGCCUGCAAUUAAUCUGAAGCCUUUAAGCCUUGCUGAGCGGAGGAGGAGAGGAGUGGAGCUAAAGGAGUGCAGUUUGGACGCGUGCUGCGAGGAAAUCUGUGGCAUAUUUGCUCGAAUUUCCUUUCCUUUUCUCUCCUUUUGCCUCGGGAUACCACAGGUACACUCAUGGGCUGCCUGGGUGUUUGGGCUGUUGUUGUGGCCGCUCUGCUGGGAACCUCAGGGUGCUGGCUGGCUGAAGGACACAAAAGAUGGAGCAACGUGGAUACAGCCAGAAUGUCACAAAGCUCCUCUAAGGAACAACACUCCAUGGAGAAGGGGAAAGCAGACGGCAACAUCGAUCAAUCCCUUUCUGACACGGACGGAGGCCCCUGUCGGAGGACCUACUGUGGACGGGGUCGACAGUGUGUACUGAUGGCAGAAACUGGCCGUGCUGAGUGUGUUUGCCAGGAAAAAUGCCGGCCCUCCUUUGUGCCAGUGUGCGGCUCGGACGGCAGGUUCUACGAGAACCACUGCGAGGUGUACCGCACCGCCUGCCUGGAGAGGAGACGGAUCUAUGUGGUGCACAGCAAGGACUGCUUCUUUAAAGGCAAUGCAUGCACCAUGUCGGAGUACAACAAGCUGAAGAGCAUGCUGUUGAAUAUGCAGCCCAAAGUGCUGGAGGCUGGAGAGCAGAGCCAGCAGAGGGACAUGGAGGAGAAAAGAGCGCUGGUGGAUACCAUGUUCAAAUACCUGGAUGUUGACCAGGACGGCCGGCUGGUCAGUGAUGAGCUGGAGAAGAUCUCCAUGAAGGAGCAUCUGGAGGACAGUCUGAUGGAGUGCACCAUGCAGGACCUGCUGAGAUAUGAUGACUACAACAAUGAUGGGCAUCUCAGCCUGCAUGAAUUCUACACAGCUUUCCAGGUGGUGCAGCUGAGCCUGGCUGAGGACCAGCAGAUCAGCGUCUCCACAGUAACAGUGGGCCUCAGUGCUGUCCUCACCUGUGCCAUCCAGGGGACACUACGCCCGCCAAUCAUCUGGAAGAGAAACGGCAUCAUACUUAACUUCUUAGACCUCGAGGAUAUCAAUGACUUUGGGGAUGAUGGGUCCCUGUAUAUUACCAAGGUGACAACCAUACACAUGGGGAACUACAGUUGCCAUGCCUACGGCUAUGAAGAUCUCUAUCAGACACAUGUGCUGCAGGUGAAUGUCCCUCCAGUGAUCCUGGUCUAUCCAGAGACGCAGGCCCAGGAGCCCGGUGUAUCUGCCAGCCUCCACUGCCACGCCGAUGGCAUUCCAAAUCCCAAACUGCUCUGGCUGAAGAACGGCAUGGACCUGCAGCCCAGAUCCUCCAAACAGCUCUCUCUCAUAGCAAACGGGAGUGAGCUCUUGAUCGGCAGUGUGCGGUACGAGGACACCGGAGCCUACACCUGCAUCGCCAAGAACGAGGUGGGAGUGGACGAGGACAUCUCGUCUCUGUUUGUUGAAGACUCAGCCAAGAAAACUCUUGCAAAUAUUCUGUGGAGAGAAGAAGGUUUGAGUGUGGGAAACAUGUUCUACGUGUUUUCUGAUGAAGGCAUCACUGUUCUGCAGCCCAGUGAAUGUGAGAUACACAGACACAUGAAGCGGACGGAGAGGAUUGUUGCUACCUAUGAGGAGAUGUGCCCUAAAGGUGAGGGGGUGUCACCUCAGCACUGCGUGUGGUCGUCAGCAGUCAACAUCAGAGAAAAGUACAUCUACGUGACACAGCCCCUCCUGAGCCGACUGCUGGUUGUCGAUAUCCAGGCGCAGAAGGUGGUGCAGGCAGUAGCAACGGAUCCUUUUCCAGUAAAGAUGCUCUACGACAAGUCACAUGACCAGGUGUGGGUGCUAACAUGGGGGGAUAUGGACAGAACACAUCCAACACUUCAGGUCAUUCCUCAAGCAAGUGUGGGAGAAGUGCAUCAUGCCAUCCGCACAACUUUUCAAAGGGUCAACGACUUCUUCAUUCCUCCAACCAACCUCAUCAUCACUCACGUGAGGUUUGCAUUUGUCUUUCUCAAAAAUGAACCUGCGGUGCACAAAAUCGACCUGGAGACCUUCCACAGAGUCAAGACCAUCAGCCUGAAGAACUACAGCUGCAUCCCGCUCAGCAUGGCCUACACACACCUGAGCGGCUUCUACUUCAUCCAGUGCCAGAGCAAGAGCCACCUGCAAGCCCCACCCCAGCUCCUCAUCGACAGUGUGACAGACGCAGUGAUUGGUCCGAACCGCAAUGUAACAGGGCAGCCUUUUGUAUCUCCAGAUGGUCGCUACAUCGUGACCCCUGACCAGCAGAGAUCCACGCUGGUAGUACAGACAGUGUCGUUCCAGGGGGAGCUGGGUCUGUACCAUGAACUGGACCAGCCUGUAGCUGUCUCAGAUUUGGCCUUCCAGCCUUCUUUCACAGAGUCAAACCAGCAUGUGGUUGUGGCAACCUCAGGCUCAGGCACAGACCUUCUUUUUGCAGAUCUAUCCUCGGGUCACACCGAGGUUCUCCAGAGCCUUAAAGAGCCCCUGGCCAUCCAAGCCUGGCCUUGGGGAGGCCCCAACAGAGUGGUGGUGUCUGGUGGUUUGUUUGGACAGUACCUGGUGACGCCGUCAGCCGAGUCCCUCUUUGUCCUGAACGGCAAACAGAGAACGCCGCACUGCGAGGUAUCAGACAUCAAGAGGGGGAACACAAUUGUCUGGGUGGGUGAGGUAUGAGUUUAGAUUAAAAAAAAUUAAGAAAAAUACAUAGGAUUUGGGUCGAAAAUGAUGAAAAAGAAAAGGUAAGAUCAGGCCAAAUUACCAAUAGUAAAGAUUAAUGUGAACAUAAGUUGUGGACUCAACCCUGGGACUGAGCAAGAGGGAAACGUGUCUUGGUUUAUUUUAACAAAAGUACACUUAAAAAUAGAGUAAUCGAGAAAACUUAAAGAAUCCCUGUUGUGAUAUUUCCAUUGGGAGAAAGUGUCAAUGCCGUUCAGUGCAACAGUGAUCUAUGUGCACUCUACUAUACAGAAUUGUACAUUAUUGCACUUCCUUCCAUGUUAUCACAGCAAAUAGGUACCUGAAGAGGGGUAAUUACUGAACUAUGAACUAUGCACAAUGCUCACUUUUUUUAGAGUAAAAAGCUUUCUGAUUUUGUUUAUCUCAACAAUGUUUGUCGUUUCCACCAGUGCUGCAUAUACUCACCACAAACUGUCCCGUCUGUUCUGUCUGCCUUUAGUGUAUGUGUGUUUUGAGUCCUUUUAACAGCUACAGACCCAUCUGUUUACUCGCCUUUGUCACCGUAUUGUACUGUAUCCUCCCUCUGAAAGCUUUCAUUCACCUCAUGCCGGCUGAGGUUGGCUUUAUGCACAUGUGUAAUACCCUCUAUUUACAUUGUCUAUCCAAAGAGCGCGUUUGCUCCAUUAGCCGUUGACAAUGGAUGUUUUGGCUCCGAGAGGAGGCCUAACCAGAAAUGAGCAGCACAUCUUGCGGUCUCUUGCAGAGGUAAAAUCUUUCCCCUGCUGUCUCUCACAUUUAUUUGGUACCUGCAGCACAACUGUGUGCUGCAGAGCUUGAAAAUGCCACUUAGUAGAUUCCCUCAGGGUAAUGACUCUGAAUCAGGCUGACCCACAUGCUGAGGCCACGCCAAAGUGGCAUCAACCGCGCUGUCUGACUGGCUGUGAGCAUUUGUUCAUUCUCCCAGAGAGCUGUGCUUCGAGAUCAAGCUCAGAGGCAGGUAGAUUUUUCUGGCAAUCAUCAGCAUACCUUCUGAGUCUGUCUAAUCCACAACAAACUAUUUUCUUUCUGGACAAUAACUUUUUUUAACACUCGGCCAUCUUUUAAUGAAAACAAAGGUAUAUUUGUUGUUUGAAAAACUUGGGAGAAUGUGCCAUGAUGCAGUAACCGAAUAAACACCAGCAACUCUUGGUCUAUUAAAUUAGCAGAUAUGUUCUCGCCGGGAUUAAAUCAUGUUCUGUGUAAUUUUCUUUAGCCAUUUCCACGAACCAUCGCUGUAAUGGGAAUCCAUUAGGGGCAGGACAACGGGGCUGCUGCUCUGCAGAUGUCGUAACGCUCAUCAGUAAUUAGUUCAACCUCAGUGUCUCUUAAACAUUUCUGGCCCUCGAUAACAGUGCAGAGGUCUGCACAUGAAUACAUCACUUGGACAACACCCUUGAUGACUCUUAGUUACUGAGUAAUAAUGGGUGCCAGUCUAGGGGCAAUAGCUGAAUAUGUUCUCUGCCUUUUGGCCUCAAACUACACCUAAAGAUGAUCAUCUCCUAACAUCCAGCCGUCAUAAUUACCUUUGUUCCUCCAUAUAAUAAAAUAAAGCUAGAGCUAUUUUUCAAUAAGCGUAUUCCUAUAGCAGGCAUAAUUGUAUUCUCCUUGAAUCAAAUAUUUCUGGUUAUAUAAGCCUGCUACUUAUUGUAAAGCUGGAUCAUUUUAACUGCUUUUAAUUUGUAUUCAUAGCAAUAAAGAACAUGUAAGCUACUCUUUAAAUGAGUACACAUAGAUGUAAAAUCACAAGAAAGCUCUUGGACUCUCUGUUUGAAUGAGUCAAAAGGCCUUCAUUUUCAGGCCAAGUCAAAUUAGAGCAUUUGAUUACAAUUUAACCCUGACAUAUGAAGAGGCCUUUAUAUUGUCAAAAUUCUGGGGGUUUUGUAAAAUAACGAUCUAACUUAUUGAAUUAUUUUCAAUGGACCUUUUCCAUCCAGAGCAAAAAAGUAGGAAGCAAAAAGUCUGCCAAGACCAUUUUUUAGAACAAAAUUAGCAGUCAAAAUAAACUGACCAAAAAAAGGAGGACUGAAGGCCAGCUAGCUAUCAUGCUAGACCUCUGCUUUGAUAGAGGAUACAUCUUUCCCACAUUGGUUAUCUUAUCACUGAACAAAUACUCACAGCCUUUAGGAUGUUACAGUUGUCGACUCCUUGUUGAACCUUGUGUCAAACCCAUUGAUGUGACUUUAAAUCUAAGUUUGAUCCUGGAGGCCACAAACAGAGCAAGAUAUGAAAGCCUGAAUUAAGGAUGUAAAAAAAAUCUUUGAGGAAAGUGUUCUGCUAUAAAUUCAGCUAAAGUCUUAGCUAAAUAUAUAUCUGCUCAUGCAACAAACAAAUAUACAAAACAGAAGCAGAUUUGAAUAUGAAUCACUCUCAAAUGUAGUUGUGCCUGUAACUCCUCAUUGCAAUGCAAUGUGUAGGGUAGAAACCAAGCUGUGUAUGAAAAGAAAAGAAAAGAAAAGAAAAAGUUAACACAGAGGUGAAUCAGAAAUGUCAUUGUUGUGUGUGAUUUAGAUAUUUGCUGCUAAUCUGCCAUGAAGAUCUUUUCUGGCAUGAAAGAUGAUGAUAAUGUUUCUUAGACCACUGUUGCACUGAGGAGAGAAAGAUAAUACUUAGUAUAUAUUUAUGUUUAUUGGAUGGACAUUUGCUAAUUGGUAGCCCAGUUUUCUCACUGCAUCAAUGAAAAUAUCAGGCUCUGAUGCUUCUUAAAGUCACUAUCCUAUCCAAAGUCACGCCCUAAAGUGAAUAAUCUAUCCAAGACAUGCAUGUGAUGAAAUAGAUCUUCAAAAACGAUUAUCUACCACCUCUCAGUGAUCACUCACUGUCACGUAUGGUUCACAGUUACUAGUGAAAAAGUCACUUUUCUGCCCUCUCAUUGUCACAUCUGUCAGCUUAUCUCUUCAGGUCAAUUCAGCAGUAUCGCAUUGCUACUAGAGCCAAGGAGAGCAAAGAACAAAGAGACUGUACCUGCAACCUGAUGAUACAACUACAUUAUUGACUAGCUCAUGUUGUUUGUUUGGAUCUACCUUCAGAGUCACAUGCCUCUCUUCAUACCUCUCCUUUAACCCUGACAGUAAGGGGCUGCAGAGCUGAUCCGCUUGGUGUGAUAGACAUUUCUAGAACCACUGUUGUAGAUAACAUUGUUCAUGUUUAGAACACGUUCAGACAUGACAACUGACUGUACAGUUUUCUUUAUGCAUUUUGUGUGUUCUGGUUUAUGAGGGAAUUGUUUUGUAAUAAAAAAAAAAAAUCGAAUUAAAUAUAUUGUAAAAACCAA